CAAUUGCCACUUUCUAGUACUGAUAAUGACAAUGACAUUGACUUUGACAUUUUCAAUUGAAAUUUGAUUUUGACAAAAAUUGGCAGCCAAAAUCGUAGUUAUGAAAUAGUAUUUUUUUAUUCCAAUGAAACAGAAAAACAACAACUGCGCGUGAAAAUAAUUACGAUGGCCACUAAAACUAUUGCAAGUGCAACCGUGAGGGCGGUUAAGAAGAGGAUAUUACCAACACGGGCAGCUCUCGUGUUGACUCCUUCUGCAGUAAAUAAGAUAAAGGAGAUUAUGGCGAAAGAAGAGGCUAAAGGUUUCUUAGGAUUGAAAGUUGGUGUUCGCCAGAGAGGGUGCAAUGGAUUAUCUUACACCUUAGACUAUGCUAAAGGCAAAGAUAAGUUAGACGAAGAAGUGAAACAGGAUGGAGUAACUAUAAUAAUCGACAAAAAAGCGCAAUUAACGUUACUAGGAACUGAAAUGGAUUUUGUUGAGAACAAGCUUUCAGCAGAAUUCGUGUUCAACAAUCCUAAUAUAAAAGGCACAUGUGGCUGUGGAGAAUCUUUUAGUAUAUAAAAUUAGUAGUUGUUGACUAGUCUAUAUUUUAAUUUUAUUUGUAUACUAUUGAGGUUGCUAAUAGUUUUUAAUAGAGCCUUUUUUCUCAUAUUGCCUUUAAACAAGCACAUAGAACAAAUUUACCUUGACAUUGCACCUGUGCAAAUAUGCAUAAUGAAUAAUCUUUCAUGUACCUAAUUCUGUAUGAAUAUACUCAGUAGAGUGAAUAGCUGAUGGCAAGGCAACCUGGAAAAUUUAGAUCUAGCUGGUAAUAUAGUGUAGAUAAAUUAGAAGUGUAUAUAUUUUUAUGUUGUUACUGAAAAUGUUAAAAAUUAAAUAAAAAUGGCAAAUAAGGUGUGAAUAGUUUUGUAAAAUAUGGCUUAAAGUAGCAAACAAUACUUACAAUGGCUAUGAUUAUUCUAAAUAUUUUUCUGCUAUUAUAAAAGAUUUUAUCUUAUAACUGUUUUUUAAAUUAAAACAGUGUUUUCAGUGAUAUUGAUGAGUGAAUAAAGACGUGUAUAUUUAGAAGAAAUUAAAUAUGAUCUAAUCUGCCUUAAAA